ACAGAGAGAGAGAGGAACGAGGCGCCGCGCUGCUAAUAACGCCUUUUUCUCCCUCGUGGCUCUCUCACCAGGCCGAUGGGCACUCGGAGAACAACCCUAGCCAUGAUUAGAGAACAAAUCCAGGUGUGAGGUGCAGGUAGAGAGUGGGGAGCCUGCCCCACCAUACACCAUGACUGCUGAUGACAAGUCUGAUGGCUCUGGCUCCUCUGAGGGUUCAGCGUCCAGCCAGGGAACUAUCGAGAAGAUUUGUGCCAAGGAGAACAAUGUGCGAGCCAGGGUGGGCUUGUACAUGAAGGAUGGGGAGAAGCUGCGAGCUGACUUCCAUGCCCUCUACAGAGCAUUGCCAGACCUCAGAAAAAAGAAAGAUCGCAGAAAACUCAGACGGAAGACAAAAUCCAACAAACAUCACAAGGACAAAAAGAAAAAGGGGGAUGUGGCUGCUGGGAACAAUGCAUGCAACACCCUCAUGCCAGUGCUAGAGCUGCCAGGCAAUCCCUCGUCCUUUGCUGUGUAUGCCCACGUGCGGGGCUUAGUGCUGGAGAACUCUGCCCGUCAGGCCCAAGGGGUGUACCUGGCUACCACACAGCCCCUUCCUUCAGAUUCCGACACUGAUGAUGACCAGGAGCGUGGCAGAGAGUCAUCUGUUCCUAUCCCUAAGAUGGUGGGUCUUGGCCUAGUGAGUGUGUAUGAGCUUAUCCGAGGCUCAGUUUCCGCCUACCCAGCUCUGUGCAUCCGGGCCCUUGAGGCUCUGUUAGACAUCCUGCAGGGGCAGCAGCCUGAUGCCUUGCGUAAUGAGCCUCAGGAAGUCAUAGACACUUUAUUCAACCUGCUGCUGCGGCUGGCCACAGCAAGCAAUGGGGAUGUGCUCACUUGCCCAUCCUCCCCGUUGGUGGGCGUGGCCUGUGCAUGCCUCCUCUCCCUGGUGGUGGCACGAGGAGAGACUGGCAAGUUCCUCAGGGCCACUGCAGACAUCCUCAUGACUUCUCGCCAGCUGGCCAGUCAGAGUAUACAGGUGCCGGUGAUUCUGACGUAUCUGCAGCGCAGUGUUCAUGCCGUGCUGUUGGGGAAGACUUCUCGGCCAGAUUGGCUACUGUGCGGUGUUCCCAAGGCGGCACUCAUUGACAGGUUCACUGUUAAGAUCAUGACGGAUGGUGAGGAGUCCAAGGAAGACAGCACCAUGACCUGCGAUGGACAUUACCUCUUUGUACACAACGCCCAUGGCCUCUUCAAGAUUGGCUCAGGCUUUGGGGGCACCAUGAAGGGCCACGUUUACAUCCAUAGGCCAGACUUCUAUCCCAGGCAAAGAGGCUGGCUGGGAUUUGCUCAUGGUGAUGUUUUCUACCGUCCCGAGGGAAGCAGUGGGGAGUUGGUAGUGAUUGACCGAGAGGUGCUCAAGGUGGCUGAGGUAUACCAGUGCUCAGCUCCUGGCUGGUCCCGUGGCCUCCCCUUCAGUGAUGGCAUCAACAUAGGCCACAUCUCUCCAGACAGAGAGGAUGGUUUUGUGGUGAGGACGUACAACCCACUGGUGAAGCCAAUGCCUCUAGUCAAUGAGCUGAACCUGAGUCUUGCCAUCAGGUGCAUCCAGACACUUGGGGGCUCCGAGCCACCAGCCUCUCUGUCAACAGGCCUCGAUGAAGACAUCCUGACUGUCGCAUCUGGGAAGGAUUUCACCCUUGUCAGGACAGUAGGUGGGAAGAUAUACUUCAGUGGAAAGGCAUCAUCAGUGGGCAUGAAGCAGGGCAGUGGUAGUGCAGCAACAGGCAGCAUUGGCAGUGGAGCAGCAGCAGCAGCAGCAGCAGCAGCAGCAGCAGCAGCAGCAGCAGCAGGAGGAGGAGGGGGAGGAGGUGCCAACAUUGGUGCAGGUCCCAGUGGCAAUGUCCCAGGGACCAGUGGUGGGGUGGGAGUGAGUGGAGGGAAGGGUGGUGGAGCGGCUUUGGCAGGUCCCAGUGGCAGUGGCAGUGGUCCUGGGGCACGGUGGCCUGAGCUGACCAUCACCAAGUCACCACGCAUCAUCCAGCUGUCUGUUGGCCAUGAGGGACAACAUGCUGUGCUGGUGUCUGAUGAAGGUGCUGCCUUCUUUGUGGGUACUGCACGGCGAGGAGAGGAUGGAGACGCUAGCAAGGGGAGGCGGCAACCCAAACCUGUUAAGCCCAAGAAGAUGAUCAAGAUGGAUGGCCAGUUUGUGGUGAGCAGCGGCUGCAACAACGGCACCUCAGCACUGGUCACUCGAGAUGGCGAGCUGUAUAUGUUUGGCAAGGAUACCUCCCACUGUGAUGCCACUACUGGGCUGGUGACAGAUCUGCGGGAUGUGCAUGUGAAUGGCGUGGCACUGGGCAAGGCACACACCCUGGCCCUUACCAACAAGGGUCAUGUAUUCAGCUUUGGCAUCAACAACAAGGGGCAGUGUGGCCGGGACUUCACCCCACAGACCAAGGAAGGAACUGGCAUGUCUAUGUCGGUCGGGCCUGCAGGGGAAGAGGAGCUUGAGGACGAGGAGGGAGCAGAGAGCGAGGAAGGUGGGGAGGGUGGCAUGUGUCCCCCUGGUCGCCACCGCUGGGUCCGAGAGCACUGCCUGGUGUGUACUGUCUGCCAUGAGUGUACUGGAUACGGCGCUGCUUGUGUCUCCAGUGGACGGCCCAACAGGAACUCUGGCCAGCCAUGUGGCUGUGGGUCAGGGGACUCUGGGUGUGCUGUGUGUGGCUGCUGCAGGACGUGUGCUGACGAGGUAGAGGCUGACAAUGACCAGGAUCCCUUUUCACUCAUGCAGGAGCAGCACUCUGGCCUCUUCUGUUUCCAUGAGGGGGCCAACCUUGGAGGGAACAUCUUUGGCCGAGCGUGUGGCCGCCUCCAGGACCAGCUGCAGAGGAGGCUAGAUGAGCGAAGGCACCGGCCUCGCCACAGGCACUCCAGAUAUGCCCCCAUGCCAUUCAGGAAAGGCCACAAUGGUCACACAGGUAACCUGGGCCAAUUUGAAGCCCGGCUGCUUCGCCUGCUGGCUCCGUCCUCUAACCUGGCAAGUGACGACGGGGCUGUGGCCGGCUCCAGUAGUCCUCUCCCCACUCCCGCCAGUCCUGACCCUGCAGCCCUUGCUGCUGCCGCUGCCCUUGAUCCUCUUGCUACCAGUAACAUCCUAGCUGCAGAGGAUGGUCUAGGGAGUGACCAAGAGAGGGAUGCCAGCAAGAUCUCCUCCUUGUCUCCUGCAAGAGUACACCUUCCAGGGACCACAGCUGUAGUGCAAGUUGCUUGUGGACUUCAUCACUCAGUGGUGGUGUGUGCCAAUGGGGAGACGUACACCUGGGGCAGCAACAGCUAUGGACAGCUAGGUGUUGGGGACUUGCUCUCCCGUGGCUCCCCAGCCAUGACCCGCCUGCCCCCCAGCGUGAGGAUUGUCCAGGUGGCUGCCGGCAGCAACCAUACAAUAUUCCUCACUGCCAGUGGUCAGAUCUACAGCUGUGGGGACUUCCAGAAGGGCCAGCUGGGCCGAGUGGCACCUCAGAGUGAUGCAGGGGAGGGUAGUAGCAGAGGACGGUGUCCAUGGUACUCAGUGCCGGGUCUGGUGCCAGGGGUGGGGCCCAGGCUAGGACGCAGGGCCACUUGGGUUGGUGCCUCAGCUGAUGUAACGUACAUCAAGCUGGACCAGUCACUGAUCAACACCCACAACCUGAGUGCCUCAGCAGUGGUGGCCAACAGCAGCUGUCUGGUGCUCCUGCCAGUAGGAGGCAAGAGAGACGAGGAGGAAAGCUGGCGGUGUCUGGUAAUCAGUCGCAGUGAUGGCCAGUGCCGGAGCUUCUCCACCUCAGACCAGAUUUGCUUCUCUGGCCACACUGUGUGUCUAGACCCAGUCUACAAUGUGCUAUGGAGUUAUGACAACCAGUGCCAGGAGGUGCAUUGCUACAACAUCAUUGCAGCAGAGGCCCAGCGCAUGAUUAACGGUGGACCACCAGAUGGGCUCAGGGACCUUCUCUCCCCUGAGCUCUCUCUGCCCAUCCUGCCUGAAUACCAGGUGUCCAGGGCUCAGGUGGCUCUCCACAUGCUGUCCUGCAUUGACACAGUGACUUGGGCACAUGAGUACGGCCUCACGGUGGUGGAGAAUGACCCACAAACAGUGGCCACUGUGCGUGUUUACACCAGGGAAGACUUCACUCCUGUCAACCGCUUUGAAAGUCAUGGUGGUGGCUGGGGCUACUCAGGAUACUCUAUAGAAGCUGUGAGGUUUAUGUGUGAUACUGACGUCCUCAUUGGUGGGUUUGGCCUGUUUGGUGGCCGAGGGGAAUACAUGGGCAAGAUCAAGUUAUUUGAGCUGGGAGCUGAGGGAGGAGAUCAGGAGACAGAUGGGGAGCUGCUGGCGGAGACAGAGGAGAUGCCAUACGAGUGUGGUGUGCGGCAGAAGUUUCCAAUGCUGUUUGAUGACCCAGUACCAGUGCAGGCCAACAAGUGGUAUGUGGCAUGGGCGAGAGUGAGCGGCCCCAGCAGUGACUGUGGCUCCUCUGGCCAGAGCAUGGUCACCACUGAGGAACAGGUAAUUUUUUACUUCAAAUCAUCUAAGAAGUCCAACAAUGGUACAGAUGUCAAUGCAGGACAGAUUCCUCAGCUGCUGUACCGCAUCAACACCCACGAGGGAUCAGCACCACCCAAGCAGUUGCAUGACAGUGUUGAGCCUGUGCCCAUCCUCUCCAAGUCCUUCUACAUGACUGUUCGCAAUGAUGUUUUUCAGUCUCUACUUGACCUUCUUGGCUGGGCGUGGACCACCCUCAGGACCUGUGUUGGGGAGCAUGUUAGUCACGUUACCAGUGGAGGGUCGAGUCCCACAGUGGCCAUGCUGGACCUGCAGCGGCUGGUGUACAUCUGCUGUGCCUGCCUGCGCCUCCUGAGGAUCUACAUCAAUGAAGUCUACCCAAAUUCAGUUCGGACAAUUCGCAACAAUGGGGAGAAGGGCUGCCUGGCUGAGAGUGUGGCUGAUGUGAGGGGACUCCUGCGACAAAUGCUCUCCGACCCCAUUCCAUCACUCUAUUCCAGGAAGGGCAAGAUGCGUAAUGGUAAAGACUUUGGGCCACUAAGCAGGAUGGUGGUGGUGGUACUGGAUGAGUGCCAUAAGACCUUCGUGUCAUGUUUCCACGCCUUCUACCCCACUGGCCAGCUCAAGUGGUCAUGUCUGUGUGACCUACUGCUCUCUCGCGACAUCAUUACUAAGGAGGAAACGAGGGACAAUGACCGGCUGUUGAGUGCUGUGCUGGCCUCACUAUGCUCCCCAACUGUCAAGCUACGUGCCACCUGUCCCAUCCUGACUGACCCAGACGCUGAGGUGACCCACCGGCCAUCCCCGGCAGACAAUGCUGCGCUGUCCACCCUGCAGCCUGGUGACCUGUACCGCUAUCCCCUGCUGGUGGAGCACAUGACCUAUAAGAUACAUCACACAGAGAAUGGUGCAGGAGUAGUGUGGACAUUCCGUGAAGUGCUGGACCGGCUGCUGGGUGUGGUGUGUGGCAGCGUACGUCAGGCACUACGUGGGGAACGGGUCGUCCCCCUGCCAGGCCUUGUCCAUAACACCUGCCUCCUCCUGGCUGCCACGGUGGCCGAGCUCUCUGCCGAGACCAAUGCUGCCGAGGAUGAGCUGCCUGCAGGGGGCCGAGUGCUGCACAUCACCCCACCCCGGUUCACUCGCACCUCCCAGAGUCGUACCUGGAACACAGGCAAUGGCUCACCAGAUGCCAUAUGCUUCUCAGUGGACCGACCAGGAAUAGUGGUAGCUGGUGUGUGUGUGUUUGGUGGUGUAGGCACCUAUGACUAUGAAGUGGAGAUCUUGGAUGAGAGUGGUGGUGGUGGCGGGGGUGGUGGUGGUAGUGGUGGUGGUGGUGGUGGGCAGGACCCCUCACACACUUUGGAACGCUGGAAUGUUAUUGAGAUGGCACGUGGAACCUUUGGGCCAGAUGAUUCUAUAGCUGAUAUAGUGGAGAUCAAGUUUGAGCGCCCCGUGACCAUUAAGGAAGGAGUGAAGUACGCCAUCCGCCUGUGCAACCAUGGCGGCCGCACCAGCAACGGGGACGGUGGGGUGCCCUCCGUCAAGGGUCCUGAUGGCACCACUUUCACCUUCUCUGCCUGCAGCCUCUCAGUCAAUGGCACCAACCACAUCCGGGGCCAGAUACCUCACAUCAUGUAUUACAGCAUGCCCCAGGACCCUGAGAGCCAGCGCAGCACCAGGGAAAUUGCAGAACAGCAGGCACGAAAGUCAGCCCUCACCAUGGCCGGCAGCAUUGUGCGGGUGGCCACGGAGCUCAUGAUCAUGGGCCUUGGGGUGGGGGAUGAGUCUGCCAUUGAGGUCCUGGGCACGGCUCCUCUCAUCACUAUGCUGCUUCCUCUUGUGCUUUCACACAUUGGCCCCGUUGCUACCUCAGAUCCCAGGAGUGCUGUGUCAGUGUUAGGUCUGAUCCAGGAGAUCCUCCCACAUGUGGCUGCUCUCAACAACCUCAGUCUAGUCACCCAGCAGACAGCCAUCCCGGAGACCAUGGAGGACUGCCACACCACCACCAGCCACCAUUACGCCUGGGUGGAGAGUGAUCACCCAUACCGCCCUGCUGCUGUUGCCAAUUUUAGAGUGACCUUCCCAUCCAGUGUUCAGUGGAUGACCCUUGAGUUUGACCCUCAAUGUGGCACAGCCCAGCCAGAGGACUCAUUGCAGAUCUACAUCCCAAGCCUGAGCAUGAAAGAAAUGAGUGGUCUGAUGCCUGGAGGAGCAGGAGGAUCCCCAGAAGGACAAGAGCGCACUGCCCAGAUAUCCCAGGGGCAGGAGGGAGCCCCACCCCCCUACUGGGCUGUGCUCAACAAAUUUUCUGGCACACAGAACUGGCCACACCAGACCAUUGUCCUGCCAGGGCAUGAGGUUGUAUUUUCACUGGAGACAGCAUCAGACUAUGUGAAGGACGAACGGGCUAACACAUAUGGGUUCCGAGUGUUGCUGGUGGGGUAUGAGUGGCCACCAUCCCCUGCAGACUCUAUCCGCCACUUGGAGAAGGAACUGUCGUACCUUGGUGGCCUCUGUGCUGCCUCCCUCAUCAAGAAGGACCUCUGUCUUCCUCCCAUAACAGGUGAUGAUCUAGAUGAUGACCUUGAUCUGGUGGAAGAGUUGGCCCUGCAGGUGUAUCGGGCUCACCCCACACUGCUCUCCCGGGGGUUCGCUCUUUCACAUCCACCAACCAUACACCAGACGCUGGAUGGGGUCAUUCCCUUCAGCUGUCACUCAAAUGAGCGACUGUUCCUACGUGAUUUUGUGUCCUGUGCGGGCGGCACCAGCGGUGGCCGGCUGGCUCGGUGGCUUCAGCCGGACUCCUACAUCGAUGUGCGGGCGUGUGAAGUGCUGUACAGCCGGGACGACAUGCGUGCCGGCUGGCCUGCCAUUGUCACCAUCAUCACCAGGGACCAAUACAAUGAGAUGGUGUACGUCCCUUCACUCAAGGUUGAGGUGGUUGCCGUGCCAGUGACCACGGGGGAGGAGGGCAACCAGGGCAAACCAAGGAGAGUCAGCCAGCACGUGCCUGACAACAUGACCUUUGGGGGACACCCGCAGCCCUCCCUGGAUGUGCCCUACCAGGUCUCCAUCAAGGACAAGAUGUGCUAUUGUGCCAUCACCAUGAUCAAGGCAUACGAGAACUACUCCUUUGAAGAGCUGCGCUACAUGUCCCCUGCAAUGCGGAGGCCCACAGAGAACAUGCUUGUGCGCAGCAACAAUGAUGGAACCUAUUCCUGCAACUGGACCCCUGGCGCCACAGGCUGGUACUCCCUGCACGUCACCAUCGACGGGUACCAGCUGGAGGAGACAUACAAGAUGGAGGUGAAAGAGCCACCCCAGGGAGUGACGCCGCCUGUCCAGAGCACUGUGCGCCGCUCCUCUCAGCAGCCAUCUCGCCUGCGCAAGUUUGUCUUACAGAAUAGCGCUGGCCUGCGCAUCCGCACCCACCCAUCCCUACAGAGUGAGCAGAUCGGCACUGUACAUGUCAAUGGCACCAUUGCCUUUGUGGAUGAGGUGCAUAACAGUGAUGGCGUGUGGCUGCGUCUCAGCCCGGAGAGCAUGCGACAAUACUGCAUUGCAGCACACUCAGAGGCAUGGUGUCUGCAGUACAACCAGCAUUUGGGCAAGACUCUCCUGGUCCCCCUCGACCACCCCAAGACCAUCCUCGACCAGGUGAUCACAGACACCAUCACUCGGCGCCGCAGUGGCAACACACGCCGGGAGACAGCCAUGCCUGGGGCAGAAGGGGCAGAGGGGGCCAGUGGUGGGGCAGGCAUGUACACGGUGGUGAAAUGUGGAGCCUCAGGGCACAACAUCCGCAGCCAGCCCAGCCUCAAGGCACCACCUGUGGGAAUGCUGGUGCUGGGAAAUAUCAUUACUGCAGACUCUGAUAUUAAGAACAUUGAUGGCACUUGGGUUCGGCUGGACUCUGAGAGUACCCGAAAGUAUUGCUUCACUGACGGAGAGGCAUGGUCCCUGGCUGUGUCCCGCGGCCACACCCUCUACCUGCAGCGCUCACACUCCCACAGCCAUCCCUACAUGUCUACUUCAUCAGAUCAAAACAGCUUCAGUGGUCACCAGGGAUUUGAUUUCACACAAGCUCAGACCAGUCCAGUGUUCCGCCCCUUCCAGCAACCUGCAGGUGGAGGCGACCCAUUUGUGUUUGGUGCCAUAACUCGUGGCCAGGGUGACGGCAGCAGCAGCACAGGAGGCCAGGUUGUGGGCAGAGGUGGAGACAACCCUUACAAGGUCCCACAGCAUCAGAUGGUCGACACAAACACCAUGACAAACGAACAAGAUGCCGCUGGAACCAUCGCAACCGCCACCAAUACCACCACCUUGCCCAUUCCUACCACUGCCACUACCACCACCACCAUCACCACUACCACUGGCACCAAGCAGCAGCAGCAUCGUGGGAAAUUCUCUGUUUUGCAUCGGUGGCUCAAGGAGGAACAGCACAAGGGUGCACCAUCUUCACUACUCACUCCGCAUGGCCAACAGCAUCAGCAGCAGCAGCAGCAGCAGCAGCAGCAGCAGCAGCAGCAGCAGCAGCAGCAGCAGCAGCAGCAGAACCAGCACCAGCACCAGCACCAACAGAUGGGUCAGCAGCAACAGCAACAGCCAGUGGGACAGCAGCACUCUUACCAGCAGCAACAGCAGCAGCAGGGGGUUCAGCAAGGGACCCAGUCACAACCACUACAAAUUGGUGAGAGAAAACAUGACAAGAAGGCACAGCAGACACAACAGCUUACUGUCAGUGGUGUGGCUCAGUGUAGCCUGUCACGGGACGUGCCCCCGGAGUUGCAGGGUGUGUCAGUCAAGGAUCUAGUCAAGGCCAUAGGGGAGUCUCGAGCCAACGGUAAUGGAGCCACUCCACCCCGUACACCCCCGGCCACACCCAAGCGGUUGUCUCGCUCCUCUAGUCCCCGGGCGGUGGGUGUUGGGGCAUCAGGCAGCAGCACCAUCAUCUCUGGGUCUGGGACAUCUCCAAGGCAAAUCUCCCGUUCCUCCAGUCCUGUCCCCAUACCUGGUCGAGGGAGGGAGAGUGCCAGUAGCUCUCCACUCCAUAGUUCACCACGAGCCACAGGGGUGUCACCGCUGGUGUCAGGGAUGGGUGCCUUGGGGGAGAGAGCAGCCAGUAGUCCACCCUCUGCAAUACGCAGCGCUAAUGACUCCCUCAGUGACACUAGUGUCUUCGUGUCUAGCCUUGCCCAGGACAUGUCCCAUUCACCCAGCAUCUCCUCCCUGCCGACCUCCACUCCCAGCACUCCUAGAAGGGAGCCAUUCAGCAGUACAUCCAAGACAGUGACGCAGACAGCCACACAGACCAGUCCUGAAGGAGUCAAAUUCAACAUCGGCUCCACUGGUUCCAGGGACGAGAAUCUGCGCCUGUCACCCAAGAUGACCCGUAAGGACCGCUCAGGGAAGCCUCACCGUGGCAAGCGAGAGCAUGUAGUGUCCCCAGCAUCAGCACAACGAGAGAAGCCAGGUUCCAGCCGGGACAAGGUAAAGGAGGCCAUGAGUCCCUCUGUGGCUGAGUGUCUGCGUGCCAUCUUUGCUGCCUUCCUGUGGCAUGAGGGCAUUGUUCAUGACGCCAUGGCUUGUGCUUCAUAUAUCAAGUUCCAUCCAGACCUGACCAAACAAGGCACCUUCCACUGGAAGUCCCCUUCCAGCACUGCCAAGUCUGAAAAGCUGACUAAAGAACAGAAGGCACGACAGCGGCACUCGGUGGAAGUUAGCACCUACAGCUAUCUAAACAACGUCACCCUGCAAAACACAGAUGACUUACUGAAACCUGGCACCAAUGCCAACAUCAAUGAGGUAACCCACCUCACCGAGAGUGGUGGGGAGGAUGCAGCUGGCCGAGCCUCCACCAGCUACACCCAGGGUCCCCAUGGCCAGAAGCUGGCCACAGUGAUGGAGGGUGGUCCUGGCACUGAUCCCCCAGAUCUGCCACCUGUGCUGCGUCAUGUGGUGUUGCUAUGGGAGGAGCUCACCACCAGCUGUCUCAAGGCUGUGGCUCAGCAGAUCAUCCUGCCAUCACCCACCAUCCCUGCCCGCCUCAAGAAGGCUGACAAGCUGAAGGACAAGAGUGACCGAGAGAAGAAGAAGCACAAGAAAAAAUCUUCCUCCAGCAGCAGCAUACCCAUGUUUGGUGCCGAGGCAGCAGCAGCAGCAGUGGCUGGAGAGGAGGAGGAUGGCGUGUGUGAGCUGUGUGGUUGUAAUGUUCCUUCAGAGAAUUCUGAACAGCAUUUUCGGACGGUGCACCCAGGAUGUGGUGCCUCCUCCAAGGGGUGUGGCUAUGUAGGCACACGCUGGAAAGUGUUUCCCACCAAGGACCGAGUGUCCCAACCGUGUGGCGAGGUAGUGCGCGGCUGCUUUCAUAUGUGCUGGAGCUGCCGCAACAGACACAAGGGGCAAUUUAGUCAGUUUGCUGGCAAUAAAUCUAGCAAUGGGAAGGGAAAGAGAAAGUCCAACAGCAAGCUUCUUUCACCUCUGCCUCAGCUGGAUGCACAUGUAAUAAUGAGGAACAAUGCCAUGUUUUUGUUAGACUUAGCAAGUGCAGCUUCCCCAGCACUGCUGUCCCGCACCAACCUGAUGAGACGGUCGCCCUGUGUCAUGCCUUGUGUCUCAGAGCUCAGCCCCGACAACAGCCCCUUCCCCAAGGUUGCAUUCCAGUGCCUGCACACCCUCAACUGUCAGCAGCAGCAUCUCAACCAGCUGCGAGAGGACCUGCUGCUGCACCACACCUUCCACACCGGUGACAACGCAGACUACAGGAGCAGCUCCGGGGAGUCUCGGGACAACAACCACAGGGAGCACUCUCCAUUCUCUCCCCCAGAAGCCUCACACCAGGAGUCACCAGCGUCAGACAGCGAGGUGCCCCGUGGCCGGCCCUUCCAUCGCUCCAUAUCAGUUAAUGUGGGCACCUCUGGUCAGGAUUGGACUUCUGCUGCCGCCUCAGCCUCUGCCUCCCACCAUGAGCAGGACCAGAAGGCUGUUGUUGUGUUGAGGAAACGGAACAACAGUAGUGGUGAGAAUGCAGCAGAUGGAGGAAGCUCACUAUUGGUACAUCCCUCUGCUGCCCUUGAGCGACUGGCCACCUCCAUUGAGCGUGGGGGUGGCCCUGGUGGUGAUCCAGGAGGGAGAGCACGCCAGGUCAUCAUCCGACCCAUCAUGGCCUUCAUCUUCCAGAACCAUGACCUGGAGACGCUGGCCUUUGCAAUGAGACAUGCAACCCGCAAGGCAGCAGCGCGUGUGUAUGCAAUGCAGGCACUGAACUGGCUGCUGCGAAGUGUGACCCAGCCUACCUGUCUGCAUGACCUGCUGUGGUGCUUUGUGGCAGCAGAGAAUGGAAUGCAGCAUAGGAGGAAUCAACAGGACCAGCAACAUGUUCACCAUCAGAGAGAGAAGGCACAUGAUCUGCAGCAGGAGGGAGAGAUGGUGGUGUUGGAACACCCAUUGAGUGACGUCACACUGGCAGGCGAUGCUGUCCACCCCCUGCCCCAGAUCUUCCACCAGCUGCUACAGACAGUGGCUGACCUCAUGAUGUUGCUGCCUCCUGGAUCACCCCUCCAGAUGAUGGCUGUCAGGUGCUGGGGUCUGCGCUUCACUCCCUCUGACCACGACUUCUUACACCAGAGUCACGUCUUCUCUAACAUCUCCAAGAUUCUGUCCCGGUCUGAGGAGGUGUUGGGAGCUGGGGAGGAAGGGGUGGCCUCCAUGUAUGAGAGUCAUGGCCCGCAGACACCCUCCCAUCCCCCCUGCCCUGACCGCCUCCGCUGGUCCGCCGCGCAGGUGACCAGCACAGUGGAGAGCCUGCGGGACCUGAUGAGCGAAUGUGAGGUGCGGGCAUCCAGCAGGCAGGCCAUGGUGCCCUCCCUCACAGACUCCUCCACUGAGACCUUCUGGGAGUCAGGCGAUGAGGACCGCAACAAGACCAAGACACUCACCAUCACCUGCCCUGCCUCCGUCCAUCCCCAGACCAUCUACAUCCACAUUGACAACUGCAGGGACCUUGGGAACAAGGUGUCCAGUGUGGUGUUUAAGUGUGGGAGUGGUGGAGAGGACAUGGGUAUUGCCAGAAAGGUGGAUCUGGAGAGCAGGUUUACUGGCUGGCUGCACACUGUCUUACUGGGCGAGGCUGUCACCAACAUGGUGGUGGAGCUGCGUGGGCCAGACCAAAGUGUGCGAGUGCGACAGGUGCGAGUGUUGGGCAGCGGCGAGGGUGAGGGAGGCGGAGUGAGACCCCUGCGCCAGCACUCUCCACUCACCAUCCAGCAUCGCGCCUGUGAGCAGGAAACUCUCAAAGUGUUCCGCCUCAUUACUGGACAGGUGUUUGGGCGCCUCAUCAGAACAGCAGAGGGAGCCUGCCAGGGAGUGGAGGGUCGGGAGGUGUGUGCAGGACCCAUGGCAGCAGCAGAACAUCAGGAGCGCAACAAUGACUUGAGGGAACAUAUGGUUGGCAUCCUCUUCUCAAGGUCAAAGCUCACACAUCUACAAAAGCAGGUGUGCUCCCAUAUUGUGCAGGCUAUCCGGAAGGAGACGGUGCGUGCACGGGAGGAAUGGGAGUCGAGCUUGAGCUGUGAGACGUUAGGCACACCAGGCACCCCUGAGGAAGGCCAGCACAGUGCCCCAGACACUUACUGCUUUGAGAUGCUGUCCAUGGUACUGGCCCUGAGUGGUUCGGCUGUGGGACGUGCUCAUCUGGCACAGCAGGACCACCUUCUCCGCCACCUACUGUCCCUCCUGCACACUGGCUCAGCAAGAGUGCAGCGGCAGGUUGUGGCACUCUUCCGACGCAUGUUAGCAGAUGUGCCACCUCAGUCACUGGCAUUGAUUCUUGGGGUUGAAGUGUUGCCAGCUCAUGACUAUGCCAGCCUCCACACAGCAUCUCAGGACCAGGACACAGCCUUUGAUCCACAAAAGCAGGGAAUUCUUGAUGUAUUCCUGGCUGUGAUUGCCAAGGCUCUGACAGUGCAGCUCAAGACCAAGGGCAGUGAUGGGGGGAAGAUAACAGUGGCACAGGGCAAGGGUGGUGUGACCUCAGUGACCCUGGCCACUGCCAUGCCCACCCCUGCUGCCAACUCACCACGCUGGUGGUUGAGAGGACACACCACACAGAAGCAGGCUGAUCUCAUCAUUAAUCUCAUAAGGGACAUGUCCAUGGGCAAACUCUCUGAUACCUGGGCCAAGGUCAGCAAGGCAGCCAUUGCAGAAAACAUCAUUAACUUGACCCAACUGCAUGAGAGUGACAGGUCUUGUGCUGCAACAUGCCUGGCCACACCGACCCUAUGGCUGGCACUGGCCUCACUGUGUGUGUUGCACCCUGACCACGUGGACGCCCUCUCCUCACAACACUGGCAGGCCACUACCUCCUCAGGGGACCCCCACAACCCUGAGCCCCGGCCAACCUGUGAGAACCACGAUGAUGGGGAGACACUGGCCAUGAUCCUGUGUGAGGAGUGUAGUAGCAACCUGUGUGGCGAGUGUGACCGCAUCCUUCACCUACACCGCCGCACCAGACACCACCACCGCACUGUCUUCCGCCAGGAGCAGGAGGCCAUCAAGGUGGACCUUCAUGAGGGGUGUGGUCGCACCAAACUGUUCUGGCUGCUAGCCCUGGCUGAUUCCACCACCCUGAAGGCCAUGCUGGAACUGAGAGGAGAGAGCCAGCGCACUAGAGGCUCUGUAGCAGCCACCACUUGUAGGUUCUGUGGUGCACCAGCCCAACCCUCACUCCUGUCACCUGCACCUGUAUGUCAGGAUCCAGACUGCCAAGAGUACAGUCGAGAGGCAUGUGUGAGAACCCAUGACUGUGGCCACUUAUGUGGAGGCCUGAAGGGAGAAAAUACCUGCCUGCCCUGCCUGCAUGGCUGCUCCAACAACCCAUCUCUCAAGCAGGAUGCAGAUGACAUGUGUAUGAUCUGCUUCUCAGAGGCACUCUCUGCUGCCCCGGCCAUUCAGCUGGAGUGUGGCCAUGUUUUUCAUGCCCACUGUUGUCGCAAUGUACUCACCAGACGCUGGCCAGGACCUCGCAUCACCUUCACCUUCUCCUUAUGUCCCAUAUGCAAGGUUGCCAUGAGUCAUGACGUGUUAGGGGAGCUGCUUAGUCCAAUUCUAGCCCUGUAUGAGGAUGUGCGGCGGAAGGCCCUCAUGCGGCUAGAGUAUGAGGGUUUGCACCGUGCUGAGGCAAUAUCCACCCCUGGUGCACGCUACCACAACAACCCAGCAGCCUUCGCCAUGGAUCGCUAUGCAUACUACGUUUGCUUCAAGUGCAAUAAGGCAUACUAUGGUGGAGAGGCACGGUGUGAUGCAGAGGCAGGGCUGGGAGAUGAGUAUGACCCAAGGGAGCUGGUAUGUGGUGCUUGCUCUGAUGUUUCACGUGCCCAGAUGUGCCCCAAACACGGCACUGAUUUCCUGGAGUAUAAAUGUCGCUACUGUUGUUCCGUUGCUGUCUUCUUCUGCUUCGGCACCACUCACUUCUGCAACGCUUGCCAUGAUGACUUCCAGCGAGUCACCAACAUACCCAAGACAGAGUUGCCCCGCUGCCCAGCUGGUCCUCGUGCUCAGCAGCUAGAGGGGGAGGAGUGCCCACUGCAUGUCCAGCAUCCACCCACAGGGGAGGAGUUUGCCCUCGGAUGUGGAGUUUGCCGCAAUGCCCACACCUUCUGAAGGACUCGCCUGUUCUUGUGGAGUGUCAGCCUAUACAGCGCCACAAGUCCUCCCUCAGCACCACCACUUGCUGUUCCUCUCAUCCAGAUACAACCUAGACAAAUGCACCAUAGGAAUGCAUACAGGCCAGGCACGGCUGUCAGAUGCACUCCUUUGUUGGCAGCAAAGUGAGGAGUAUGUAGAAUGAUGGAAAUGGAGGCUGACCCUUUCUACUUCUGUCAGUCUUGCACCACUACACUGCAACAUGGUGGCAAUGCUGAACCCUUGUAGUCUUUGAGUUUGCCAUUUCUCAGGAAUGAAUGAAAUAUAGAUUAUAAAAAUACAGGUGCUGUUUGCUGUGUGCAAGCAUAUCUGUGUGUGUGUGUGUGUGUGUGUGUGUGUGUGUGUGUGUGUGUGUGUGUGUGCACUUGCAUCUAUAUGUGUGUUAUGUGUGUAUGGAUGGGCAUGUAUGUGUGUGUGAGUGUGUAAGUGUGUACAUUAGCACAUCAUAAAUCAUUAAGCCAAUUGCCACCUGAGGCUCUGCAUUAUCAGAGAAAGUGGUGACCUUGGCAAACCAACAUCCACUCAUCUCACCAUGUGAUGUAUUCCUUGGUAUUCCCUUUCUGCCUUGUGUUUCCUGGUAUUCCCUCACUACCAGGUGGCUUUUAUUUACUUAAAUGUGCUUCUCAUCCUUGCCUCUCUUGGUCCUGUAUUGCAUCCCGUCUUGCCCAAUGAACCAUUCCAGAUUUCUUGGCUCUCUGUCUCUCUCAUACCACCAGCCACUCUUAAUGCAUUCCUUAAGAUCUUUUUUUUCUACUUCAAUCAUUAAAGACAUUCAUUACAUGUACUCUCAUAUUAUUGUGAUUGACUUGUUUGUGGUGUAGAGGUCACUGGUUAACCUUGGUGGAAUAUGUUACUGUGUAGUAGACAGUUUUUAAAAACAUAGUUAAGAUGAUUUUUAUUAAGAAUUUUGAGUCAUUAUGCUUACAAUGUAAUUGGUAGAAACCUGUUUUGUUGUUAUUAUGAUGUAAAUAUUAAUUUUAUUCUGCUGCUCAAGAAAAUAUUUAGUGUAAAGACAUUUACAUACCUGGAGUAUUAUAAGUUAUUUCCUUGGGCUCCUUCAGUUUAGUUUGCUGUCAUGUGUUUUAGUUUGUUUGUUGCAUCAAUACUCAACUCUUUUGUAGGUUUUGUUGUAGAUUUUCAAUUAGAAUUACACUUACAAAGUAUGAGUCAUAUCUUAAGCCAGGUGAAGUGUUAGUAUCAAUAUCAGUUAGUGUCAAGGAUAAGGAGUCAUCCUGCUCCAGCAACCUCACUAAUGGUUUAAGUUUCCUCUCUCCUCCUCAAGGCAUUAGAGUGCAUAUAUCAGCUCCUGCAAUGUAGAUGUGAAGUGUUGAACACACUCUACAAAAUACCUCAGCCAAGGAACACAGGCUUUGUGCUACUUGUCUUUUAGGAAUGCAGAGCUUUGUUGUUAAGCAACCAACACCAGACACACCCUCAGCAUUUAUUGUGUCCUGAACCACUGUUAACAAGAUACAACUGCACAAAAUAAUAAUUUACUUAGAGAAAAAAAUAAAAUAAAAUAAAAGCAGUCACUUCAGAUGUAAAAAUUCUUCAAAUGUGUCCUGUUAAAAAAUAAUAUACAGUAUAUCAAUCUCCUCUCCUGAGACUGCUGCACUACCUCCUCCCCUUCCAUCAUGUAACAUUCCUCCCAUAGCACCACUGUAGAAACAGUGGAUGCUGAGGAGGAUCCAAGGAAGCUGUUCUCAUACUUUGUCUCUGUGUGUUAACCCUUCUGGCUUCCUCUGCCUCCAUCUGGUAUUUCACAUCUCUAGUAAGAAGCUUAAUGUCCAGCCUAGUCAUAUGUGGCAGGUCUUGGGUGCUUGUGUGUUAUCUCUGGUCAGUGAUGCUGUCAUCUAUUCUCUGUCUCUUCAUCAUGGUUAAUUGGAUGCUUCUCUGCUAGAAUCUUUUGUCAGGACUUGUCUCUUUAAUAUGAACCAGCUCAUCUCUUAACUUCUUCCUUCCCUUCUUUUACAGUUAAAGAUAACUAUUGUUUGUAAACAGGCUAUCUAGUAGAUGUAUUAUUUCUCCAGGUCAGUGUAUUUGUUGUGCUUGAAAUUAUCAUUGUGCCAUGUUCCUUAUUGUUCAUGUGUUAUGUAUUAAUCUUAGUUUCUCCACUUCAAUGCUGUUGUCUUUUAUAACUCCUUACCUUCAUUCAUUCGAUACAUGUUAAGAAAAGGUCUGCUUCUUCUCAGACACUAUUCCUGCAUCUCUUCCCAUCCCUACCUGCUUCCCCUCAGUCAAGAGGUAAAGUACUUUACACUUUCCUCAAUUUCCUCAAAUCUUCUUGUUACAUAGAGAGGAUUCAGCUUCCUAAAUAGAAACAUUUGGAUUUGGGAAGAUGUGAAGCUAGAGGUGGUGCAAGCAAGAAACAUCAGAGAUUUUGAAACUAAGUUUGAUAGAGCCCUAUGUAGAAACAGGACAUUAUAAGUUUUGAUCUAAUCAUGUGUGCUACUAUAGAUAAAUACAUCAUGCUUUUUGGUUUGAGAAAGUGCAACAGUGCACUCUGCUAUCUUGAGCAUCCAUAUAGUCAUGGAAUGGUCAUCCUCACAACUGCUGCUUUAGUCAUGCAGUGUAUUUCCUAGGAAUGUUUAGUGGCAGACUUUGAACAAUGACGAAAAGCACACAGGUGCAUGGUGUGUGUGGGCUUCUUCAGUCUAUCUGGAGUGGGACGUGUGAAAUGACUGACUCUUGACAGGAGUGAAUCCAGUUUGUGCUGCCGUCACUCACAGACUUUUCAAUCAGGCCUGGCUGUGAUUACUUUAUUACUAAGUGAAAUAGGUGUCUGCUUAUCAUUUCUGUAAGGUUGAUGGUCCUUGUAUAAGUUCCUGUAUAAGAUCUUUAUUGAGAUCCAGCUAUUUAUUGGUUGUGAAUGUUGGUGUGUAGACAGCACAUGUGUAAGGUAACUUCCACUACCGUAUGGCUGAUGAUGACUGUAUGGAGAACGACUUUCUUAAUAGUAUUACCUUGGCAACCUAAAGUAAUUAAUGAUAGUGACUUGGAAGGAAGGAAGAAUUAGACAUUUUAGAUGAGGAUUAAAAUGUGAAUGACAUAUAAAGUGGAUUGUUGAGGAUGUGAAACCAUAACAUAAAUAAUGCAAAUGACAGAAGGAAGAUUAAAGCAUACCCAAGUCAAUAUGGGUAAUGAGGUGAUGACAAGUCAAGUUGUAUAUACGUAGCAGCAGAAAGUGUUGGUAGCUAGGUGGUCAGGAUGCAAGGGUGGGGCUGAGCUGAGCUGGAUUGGAUACAUGCUUGUGAUAUUUAUUUUGUGAUGUUCUUGUUUUGUUGUCUUUUGUAUCCUCCAUGCACAUGUGGUGUACUGUAGAAUGUUUUGGUUCAUGGUAUUCAAGUAACAACUCAGAAGCUGUCCAAGAACUAUCAAUGAGGUUCAGUGAAGAAGUCUGUGUGUGUGUGUGUGUGUGUGUGUGUGUGUGUGUGUGUGUGUGUGUGUGUGUGUGUGUCUGUACCUGAUUGGUGUCUGGUGCUGUCCUCAUCCAGACAUCAGCAGCUGCUCCAGGAUAGACUGGAGGACUCUGAGGUUGUGCUUAAGUAGAAAUUUAUAAACAGUAUUUUCCACAUGAGCAGCAACAUUCCUGCUGUGAUGCCUGUACAUGUUUCUUAAGGUGACUAACUGCUGUUACCAGUAUUUAUGAUAAUGUAGACAAAUUGUAUACAGUAGUAGGUUAGUGCACAUUUUGUUUGCAAGUUUUCGUUUCAUUUUAGUUGAGCGCAAAUCAUAUGUUGCAAGGUGUGACAUUUUACCUUGUUAGCUCAGAAAGGCUCCAACCUCUCCACAAUCUAUCUGAUAACAGUGUACUUCAGGGAUGGCUUGCAUAUUCAUUUUCUCUCUGGUCAUCCUGCAUUUACUUGUUUUCUUAGAAUGAUUUCUACACUUAUAAAUUCAAGUUUUAUGCAUCAUGUGAUACAAGGAGUUUUGAUAGCACCCAGUGUGUGGCUGUUGGGGAGUGUACGAUGUGUUGGGGCUGAUCUCAAGCUUUAGGUUUUGUCAUGGUAAUGUUCUGCAAGUUUUAAAAAAUUUGUCAUCUGAUGUGUCUCAUAGUGUAAAACUUCCUUAUUGGUCUAAAUGUUGAUUUCCAGAAUUUUUUGACAAAAAUCCAAGCUAAAAUAUGCUCCCUGAAGGCUAAGCUGCUUAGGUUGGCACAUUUUCAAUUCAUCAAAACUUCAAAAUUCUUAAAAAUACUCCCCUGAGUUAGGUCACAAUUUUCCUGUUGUUUUUUGUGAUGCUGUGUGAUACAGCUUGUCAAAGUGCACCAAGUUUAUUCAUGAUGCAGUGAAAAUUAUCUUGUCAUUUCAUGGAGAAUAUUCAGUCAAAACUAUCAUUAACUGUCAAGGCAGUCUUUAUAGUGUACGAUUCUGUAAUGCCUAUUCAAAAUAAAUUAUUACUCUCCUAUACAUACAUAACAAAUGUCCAUGUUCAUAUGUGUACAGAAUAGAUGUAGGUUUCUGUGUAAACAUUGUAUUUUUGGAAACAAAAAGCCUGUCUUUGUGAUUUUAAGAUGAAUCUCAGAGCAUUUUUAGUAACUCAAAUAAGUAUGGCAUUUGAUUGUAAUAGUAGAAGAAUUUCCCUGAAUGGAUUAAGUGAAUACUUCCAAAAGUUUACAAAGAGUGUGUUCAUUUCCUGCUGGCUGAGAGGCUCAACUUGAUGGAAUGUCUUAGCCCAUCACCAGCCAGAUUUUCCCCAACAAGCAACAAUCACCUUGGACAAAAACUUGGCUAAGUGUAGUGUGGACUUUGCAGGAAAUGGUACAAGUGUGUUCUUUUACUUUGAAAGUAUAAACAGAGCAACAUAAAAUACUUCUACUCUA